AUGACAGCUCCACCUCCUCUCCCCUCCGCACCAUCGGUGUCCCUGGGAGACAAGGUCCUGCUCCAGCCCCCGCUUUCGCGGUGCGGGCAUGGACCCGGUCUAAUAAUCAUCCGGCCUUAUAGCUAUGCCGAAUGUCAAGGCAAGAAUGGCAGUCUUGACCCGGAGCCGGUGCAGAAAUGGGCGGAGGAGAGUUUUGCGAUAGUGCAGAUUACGGUGGAUGCUGUGGCGGGCGCGGAUGAGAGUGGUGUUUUGGAAUUUGUGAAGAGGGGUAUUGCAGGGUUAGAGUCGUUGAAGGAAUUCUACGGUUCUCCGGACCAUUAUACGCCUGAGUUCGGAGGGGUCUUGGGCAAGAUCAUCACGGCUGUGAGCCAAAAGAUCGCUGCUGUGGUGUUCUUCAGCUCGUGGGAUACCAGUGAGAUAUCACUGCCUAUCCUUUCGCACUUUCCAGGAAGUUUCCAGCCGACUGGACCUGCGAAGCACGAUAAUCACACCGUGUACUCGUAUGCGGAUGUCUCUUCGGCUGGGUUCAUCAUCCCCGGACAUUCCGACUUCAAGAUCGCGGCUGCGGGAGUCGCUCACACGCGAUCUCUGGCUUUUGUGAAGAAACACAUGAACGGGCCGUAUUUCGACCUCGAGAAAAUCUGGGAUGAGCACACGUGGUACGAGUUCGGGGAUCGAUCCGUCGAAAAAACCAUGGCGACGAUGGUGCAGGAGCCCCGGACGGUCGGCACGGACCGAAUCGUGGAUGAGUUCAUUGUCAGUCUGACGCAUAAUAAGGAGAUCGACUGGUUACUUCCCGGUGUCCCACCUACCGGUAAACCGCUCCGUAUCCCGUUCACCUCAGUCGUGAAUAUUCGUGGAGACCGCCUGUAUCAUGAGCAUAUAGCGUGGGAUCAGGCGACGGUGCUUGUACAGCUGGGUUUGAUGCCCGAAUACCUCCCCUUUCCGUAUGCACUUCCGGGUGGACACUUGCCCGGGCCAGGGAAGAGGUUCGAGUAUCGGGUGCCGGCAGCUGGAGUCGAGACGGCGAUGAAGCUGCAAGAUGAACACGCGGUGCCGUCGAAUGGGAUGUUCGAGUUCAAGGUGCGUGAAGUGGAUGAUAAAUGA